CAAGCAGUGUCUAAUAAUAUUCGACUUAGAAAAGACGUUUGCAAAUUUUUAAUAGGGCUAGUGACAGUAAAGUACCUAGGUACAAUGUCUUUAACUAUUGGUGGCGAGACAAAAAUCGACUCUGAACCAUGUGUUGUGGCUUGGAAUAAUAAACUAUUCGUCGGUACCGACACCGGCUCGAUAUUUUCUUUCGAUUCAAAUCUUUCACCGGGUGCUUCAUGGACAGCGCAUGCUGUGCAAUUGUUUGCUUUGUCUGCAAAUUAUGGAAAGGUUUAUUCAACUUCUAAUGAUGGAGGAAUAAGAAUAUGGACCUCGGAAGGAGAUAAGGUAUCAGAGUUGCCGGCACCCAACGCUGACAUAGAGUCAAUAUGCUUACAUGAAAAAUAUGUGUAUGCUGGCGACGAGCAAGGAAACAUCUAUGUAUAUGAAAACAACAGUUUAAUAGCUCAAUACAACGUUCUAGAGGAAGUAAAAGAUAUAGCAAUAAGUCCACCGCUUAUGUUCACUGUGCGUGAUCUUUACGUAACUGUCACAGAAAUUAAGCCUGAACAAUCAAAAGAUCGUUUCACAACCCUACAUGUUAUGGAGGGAAGGGCACCUUUGAGAGUAUCUGGAAAGCACCUAGUUGUCACGUCUAGAGGUGGCAAUAAUAUUCAGCUACACGACAUUGAUUUGGAUAGCAAAUUUAAGAAACUACACGAAGUCAAGGUUAGUGACAUGAUAAUUACGAGUAUGUCAGCGAGGGAUGGUGUAGUAUGGACUGGAGGUUGGGACGGCUGCGCAAAGAGGUGGAAAAUUGAUGAAGAAAAACUACAACCUGCUGGAGAAAUAAACUUAGGCGCCUGUAUUAAUGCCCUUGUUGCUGUUACUGGAGAUACUGCUUAUGCACUAUUAACAGGCGGUAAAAUUAUAUGUAUUAAAGCAGCUUAAACCUCAGUUUUUUUUCUAAGUACCUAAUUAUAUGCAAGCAACUACUUUUUAAU